GUCCUACCCGACAAGUCGAGCAGGGUCGUGGACGAACCAAAGACCAUCAUGCGUACAGACAAGUCAUCUAGUAGCAGAGGUAUCCUUGACCCUUCAGACGAGUAUGAACGCACGUCCUUAGCCGGCGGCCCACGAAAGAGUGCCCAAGUGAUGGCACCCAGAGCAGUUUCGACAGCGAACCGUGCUGGGAGGGUACCCAGUUCAUUUUAGGUGGAAUCAGAAGCAAGAGCAACAUGAUGAGCAUUGAAUGAGUUUGAAGAUUCUACAUGGUGGACUUCAUUUCGUCUUCAUAUUCUUCCUCGUUGAACCUCAUGCAAGUCAACAUGUUCGUCUUUGUAUGCCUAAGCAUGUAGAUGAUGAAGCGCUUGCCUACCGUUGGUUGUAGUAUAAGCCAUGUCCUCUUUCUACCUCCCCAUUUGCACUAUCUAGUUUUGAUGCUACAAAUCAUGCAUCGAACCCCUGACAACGACUUCCACCUACUCAACUUACUGAAACACGCACAUCAGAGUGCAUCCUUCAUGUCGGGUGGAAGAAGCGUCGAAACAAGUGUUGUCGAGGUGGCCCCCUCUGCUCGCAGCUGCGGUGGGAAGUGGACGAAUCGGGUGAACCAUCACCACUGUGCGGCGCCGAUCGUGUGUGUUGCGAGAAGCUCCGAUUACCUCGCGAAACGCGGGAGCGCGAAUGUUUUUGACCCGAGGAGAGACCUGAAUCCCAACACUGCACCGCUUCACUACAUGGCUCGUGAACGUCUCCGAUCCGAUGAGACAUUUACCGCUCCCCGCCCAACCGUUCUCACUGGGUUCGGCCGCGGUCUACCCGGCAAAAGCGGACUGCCAAGUACAGUCCUAUACUAACGAACAAAUUAAGAUUUUAGACACCAUACCCCAAAAAAUGAAGCCUACAACAGAGCAUCGCCUUUAUUGAACUUAUAGUUGCCCAAAUAUCUACUUCUUGCGAAUCGCAUUCUAUUCAUAGACACUAGUCAUCAUUAUUCCUCAACUACACCUGCAGGUUGCUCAGCAGAAUCACACACCUAGUGCAUAAUCAUGUAACGAACCAAGCUACUAAUACUAAAAUACUUGGCAAUAAUAAUAUAUCGAUAUUAAAG